AAAACUUGUAUUUUAUAACAAAAUAGAAGUUGAACUUCAAUAUAAAAUUACACAAUAUACAAAAUGGGUGUUUUGUUAAAGGGGCCACUAUCUCCACCAAGCAUUCCUAGGUCACCUUCGAUGCAAUCUUUAAAUCCGAAAAACCCAAAAGCGAGGACAAGAUGGUACACAAUAUUAGCCAUGGUUGUUCUGAUGGCAUUCGCAAGCAACUUAAUAUCAGGCUCAGUAACUGACAACGCAAUAGACACCAUAAAAGCCUCGCAAAUAUAUAGGAAAUAUGUACAUCAAGUAGAUCUUACUGGACUCGAGCUUGCGCUAAUGCGUUCUAGAGAACAUGUCCAAAGUCACAGUUCUCACAGUAAGGUUGCCUUUCUUUUCAUGGAAGCCGACGGUCAUGCACAAGAUAAAAUCUGGAAAUCAUUUUUUGACCAGGCCGACAAGAAUAAGUACAACCUUUACGUUCACCGAAAAUCACCGACCAGUCGCGGUAGAUUCUUGCAGAAUUAUCCAUCAUACCAUGAGGUAUCAAUGACAUCCAGCUCUUGGUGCGCAUUAAUGGGACUUCAGUAUGCAAUGCUGCAAGCCUCCUUGAGGGACCCCACAAACCAGCAGUUUGUAUUCUUGUCUCACAACGCCGUGCCGCUGAAGCCUUUCAACUACAUGUACGAGGAUCUGAUAGUGGAAUCCGCAGAUAAGAGUAAAUUCUGCUUCACAUCGAUAGCAGGUUUGAUUUCAAGUGACUGCCGUUUCCAAGAUAAUCACAGAACUGACAGACCAGACACGCUUAAACAUCACCAGUGGAUUAUUCUAUCGCGCGAUCACGCUGAGAUAGUUCUGUAUGAAAACGGUAAAAGCGCCCUAAAAAAAUAUGAUAAUAUGCGGGAUAUAGUCGACGGUGUUUUCCAAGACCCCAAAAUGUGUAGUGACGAAACAGUGCCGUCAAUGGCCCUUAUACAGAAAGCUGAAGAACAAGGGCUGAUCGCCAAUACAUCUGACUACAGGGAUGUCUUCAGCGGCUUGGAGAAGAUUGGCGUAGAACAGCGCUGUACCACUUUCGCGUACUGGGGAGGGUGCUUAGUAAACACUACAUUCGACUUGGGUGCUGAAUUCGAGGAGAACAAAGAGAAUCUCGGUGCCGCCCACCCCAUGUCAUUGAGGGGCGCGCCCGGGUUUUUUGUUAAAGACUUGGUUGCUCACCCAUCGCUCUUGUUUGCCCGUAAAUUUAAUUCCGAUGCGUUUGUGAACAUUACAUCCCCUGGGGAUUCUGAGGGCAAGUUCAUAUAUACCACAGAGUUAUUGAGGGACGUACUCCCUGACUUACUCGAUAAAGUUCCAUCGUUUCAAGUGAAAACAUUGGAAGAAAACCAGCUUGCGAGGUUAAAUACCAUAAGUACAAACUCGUCGCUCUUUAUGAAAAGCACAUAAAGAUAUCUGCUAUUCACUUAAAUCUCCGAGGAAAGAAAUUGACUGUGCGAAAAACUCUUAAAUUACAUGCAAACUAACUAGAAAAGUGAACGAAGCAGGAUAAUCUACUAACUAUCAAAUAUACUCACAUACAAUAAUGCCAGAAUAGUAACAGUAUAAAGAAUCUAUACACGCAUCCGCAAUACGUCUUCCAAUCUCGUCCAAAUUUGCUCUGUGUGAUCUGC